GACGGUACGGGCUUUUAAGUGUCACCAUGACGACGGCGUUGCAGUUGGUCUCUAAAGGCAUUCACCGUUUCUUCCGCUUUUGUCCUACAAAACUCUCAAUCGGGAAAUAAAAAAGUCGUCACCACGACAGAUAGCACACAGCAGAAGUUGUUUAUCUCACCAUGAGUCAAAGGACCUAACUACAUCAUGACCUCGCAAGAAAGGGAUCGUACAGCUGUGGACAGAGCAGACGGGGAGCUGUCAGCACCGGAGAAUGCAGCUGGCGAGCACGAAAUAGCAGAAAGGAGACUUGUUGAAAGCCUUUUAGAUACCAGCGAGGAGAACUUCUUGAAUGAGAAGGAGCUAAAUGAGUUCCAUUGUUACUCUGGUUGGGAGGAUGCUGUUUGUGGUUGGGCCAGAGUUGUUCCCCUGAGCUGCAUACUUUUGACUUCAAACACAUACAAGAAACCAGAGCAUAAGGAGGCUGACAAUGGAACUCCUUCAUCUGAUGACCCAGUGCCUUCUAAUGGAGACAGCUCAGCCAGCAUUACAGAGCAGCACUGUGAGUCUCAUGCAGGCCUGGAUAAUUUUAAGAAGUUUGUGUCAGUAAAUCAGCACACAGGAUCUUGGAGUCAAACUGCUAUGGCAGCUCAACAGACAGAUGCUGCAGAAUGUCCUUUCCUUAAAGCCAUGCAGAGAAAUCCGACACAUCUCUUACUGGAAGAAAAGAUAUACGAGAGAGGGAUGGAUAAAGAGACACUUUCUCAGCUUCACCAUCUGUCUUCAAAAUAUUCUGUGCCAGAGAACAAGCCUGCUAAGCCUUGGAAACAUAGUCAUCGUCCCAAUAACAGAGUGGUUCCCAUUAAAAACUUCACAUUUCUACCACCUAUUAACCCACCUCACCUGAUUGCCAAGGCCAGUGGUCAUCUCUGUAGAGACAAGAAGACUCCAGAGAAACAAACCUCAGAGAAAAACGGUUUCCUUUUAGACAAGCAGCGUGGAACAAGGGGAACUAGAGUGGACACUGCUAGUAAUUCAGAUAUUUCCACUUUCUCUGCAGCGCUGACCUCCAAGUACCAGACAUUUUGGCAAAACCCACACAAUGUUUUGAUACCAAGAGGUAUUAAAUACAAUGUCUUCCAAACCUGACUCAAUGCACUGAGGACUAAAGUCUCUCACAAGGAAUUUCACAAAUGCACCCGAGCUGCCUCUUCUUUGCCUCACUUCACUUUUAAGCUGAACGAGGCAUGUGAAAUAAAAAUCUGUCACUUGAAUAUUUAA